CAAGAGGAUCCGUAACCAUGUUGGCUCAAGCCGUUUUCGGCGCAUUGUCAACCGAACCUUCUGCAGGCGGUCUUUUCGCAAUGCUACUUCAUACGAUGGCGCGCUUCAUUAUGAUCGGGUUCGGGUUCUCUCUAUGCGCAUCCGCCGAUUUACAACUGAUGCAGUUUUGGUUGGACGGGUCGCACCAUGAUGGGCAGAUCCAGCAGCCGACGCCAGGUUGCCAGACCUCUUUCCAAGGCGACCCGUGCUACGAGAAGGUGGUGUGGGCGAUGCAGACAGGUAUCUCGCAACACCCAGAUUGGUACGUUCCGUUGACAAGGGACUCGAGCUUCGAGGAUUUCCAGAGGUUUCUGCACGGACAGCCCAGGCUCGCGAACGUGUGCCCUGAGCCCUGCUCGCAACAGCAUUCGAGCGCAAUGUUACCAGCGGAGAAGUCGGCGACCGCGCCUGUCCCCUCCCAGGCUUGCCGUACCGCUGCUGAGAGCGACCCGUGCUACGAGAAGGUGGUGUGGGCGAUGCAGACAGGUAUCUCGCAGCACCCAGAUUGGUACGUUCCGUUGACAAGGAACUCGAGCUUCGAGGACUUCCAAAGGUUUUUGCACGGACAGCCCAGGCUCGCGCACUUGUGCCCUGAGCCCUGCUCGCAACAGCAUUCGAGCGCAAUGUUACCAGCGGAGAAGUCGGCGGCCGCGCCUGUCUCCUCCCAGGCUUGCCGUACCGCUGCUGAGAGCGACCCGUGCUACGAGAAGGUGGUGUGGGCGAUGCAGACAGGUAUCUCGCAGCACCCAGAUUGGUACGUUCCGUUGACAAGGGACUCGAGCUUCGAGGACUUCCAAAGGUUUUUACACGGACAGCCCAAUCUUGCGCACGUGUGCCCUGAGCCCUGCUCGCAACAGCAUUCGAGUGUACUACUACCAGCGGAGAGGUCGGCGACCGCGCCUGCCCCCUCUCAAGCUUGCCGUACCGUUGCUCAGGGCGACCCGUGCUACGAGAGGGUGGUGUGGGCGAUGCAGACAGGUAUCUCGCAACGCCCAGAUUUGUUCGUUCCAUUGACAAGGAACUCGAGCUUCGAGGACUUCCAGAGGUUUUUACACGGGCAGGCCAACGAGCUCGCGCACGUGUGCCCUGAGCCCUGCUCGCAACAGCAUUCGAGCGCAAUGUCACCAGCGGAAAAGUCGGCGACCGCGCCUGCCCCUUCCCAGGCUUGCCGGACCGUUGCUGAGAGCGACCCGUGCUACGAGAAGGUGGUGUGGGCGAUGCAGACAGGUAUCUCGCAGCACCCAGAUUGGUACGUUCCGUUGACAAGGAACUCGAGCUUCGAGGACUUCCAAAGGUUUUUGCACGGACAGCCCAGGCUCGCGCACUUGUGCCCUGAGCCCUGCUCGCAACAGCAUUCGAGCGCAAUGUUACCAGCGGAGAAGUCGGCGACCGCGCCUGUCUCCUCCCAGGCUUGCCGUACCGCUGCUGAGAGCGACCCGUGCUACGAGAAGGUGGUGUGGGCGAUGCAGACAGGUAUCUCGCAGCACCCAGAUUGGUACGUUCCGUUGACAAGGGACUCGAGCUUCGAGGACUUCCAAAGGUUUUUACACGGACAGCCCAAUCUUGCGCACGUGUGCCCUGAGCCCUGCUCGCAACAGCAUUCGAGCGUACUACUACCAGCGGAGAGGUCGGCGACCGCGCCUGCCCCCUCCCAGGCUUGCCGCACCGCUGCUUCGGCGACCGCGCCUGCCCCCUCCCAGGCUUGCCGCACCGUUGCUGAGAGCGACCCGUGCUACGAGAAGGUGGUGUGGGCGAUGCAGACAGGUAUCUCGCAGCACCCAGAUUGGUACGUUCCGUUGACAAGGGGCUCGAGCUUCGAGGACUUUCAGAGGUUUUUGCAUGGGCAGCCCAGGCUCGCGCACGUGUGUCCUGAGCCCUGCUCCACGCAGAAGCCAGAUGAUCGGCUCCCAGCACAUUUGGGAACUCCGUUGCCGACAGCACUCCGAUUGGGAACUCCGAUGCCCACAGAAGUCCACGUGGAUGAAUUGCUCACUGCGACAUAUCCGGGGUUCGUGAGAAGUGGUUCCAAUUGCAAUUGCGGAGGAUAUCUCAAAGAGUUCCCGGAUCAGUAUACGACCUUGGAUCUUUGCGCAGAGGAGUGCCUUCGCGUCCCAGGAUGCCGGUCAUUCGGUCUCCAUCCUUGGCAGUCUAUUUGGAACGGUCAUUGCAAUCUUUAUGACGCGAUUUGCGACGAUACGGACGGGCAUGAUGAAGGAACUACUUGUACCAAUCCAGUUCCAUACGGAGCCAUCCAGGUCAACUUCAAUAACUUGGCAACUGUGAUCCCAACCCCUUCGCCGACAACGGGAGUCUGCGAUGUCACGGACGGGUCGUCUCCCAGCACGGCCUACCCCUGCUUGUGCGGAAUUGCAACAUGCGAGACCAGCGAGAUUUGCUCGAUGGAUUCGUGCGCGGUACCGCAAGGGCUGACCGUGGAUUGGCCGUGCGAGACUGCUUCCAUAGGCAGCAAUUAUUUUAGUCUGCUGGGCACGAGCGUGACUGGGGCGCCGGUCUACAGUAACGUUGAUGGAACGUAUCUCUAUUGGGAUGUGUCUUGUGAUGGGUACGAACGUCCAGCCGCAGACCAACGACCCCGAUGGAUUUUGGACAACGAUGCGCCGAGCAUGACAUCCACCAUGGACUUGGAUGGUGAUGGCAAUUGCACCUUCUUUGGGUACCUCAACUCGGCUGAGCUGCGGGGCAUCCCCCUUGGGAACACGAGCUGGAAAGUCGCUUGCGACAGUGGAGUCAUCAGCGCAACUGCCAGCAUCGAGUAUGCUCCAGUGAUGCCGACUCCGCUCCCCACGCUGGAGCCUGGGAAGCCGUGCCCGUGCGAGGACUCGUGCGGCGUCUUCCCCUACGUCGACCUCGACGGAGACGGCUGCCUCCUGGAGGCGGAAGUCAACGCCGUCGCGGCGUUCGCCGGGCACUUCCUCGAGAUGGACGCGGACGGGGACGGCUGCGUGAACCAGACGGAGUGCGCGCUGUCGCCGCGCUCCGCCGGGCUGCCCGGCUUCCCCAUCACGGGCCCCGCCGAGUGCGGCUACGGCUACUUCUUCACCGAGGGCACGAGCGUGUGCGCGGAGUGCACCACGGGCGAGACCAGGCGCCGCCGCUCGGAGAGCUGCACGGAGUGCCCCGAGGGCAAGUUCGACGCCGGCGAGUUCGACAGCUGCAUCGGGGGGGCCUACCUCACCGGGCCCCUGGAGCUUGGCGCUCGGGAGGUGCCCAUCAGCAAGGACACGGACGAGAGCGGCAUUGUGCUGAUGGUCGGCGACGGGGUCACGAUCUCGUCGCGCAACCCUGGCUACUUCGAGCGGUUCGUCAUCACAGAGAAGGUCGGCUUCGGCGAUGACGAGCGGCGGACGGAACGCCAGGAGGCCUUGCUCAGGAAGAGGGGCCCUUUCUUCGGGCUCGACCACGGCACGAACGGCGUGUUCAGGAAGUACGACGCCAUGAUGUCUGCCUGCACCGGGGUCAACGGCAUCGAUCUCAGCUCCAGCUACCCGUGUGGGUGCGGGUCUUUCCAGUGCGUCUCGGGCGAGAAGUGUGACCAAGAUUGCGGUGGGAACCUCACGCAGCUGCCGAGCGGGGCGGUCUUCGGGAUGGCCGGGUGCUGCGUCGGCCCGCCCGUGUCCCCCCUGCCAACGCCCUCCCCGACGGUGGUGGCCAGGGGCGACCCGCACUUGGUCAACCUGCAGGGCGAGCACUUCGACAUCAACCACGGGGGCGAGUUCGACCUCCUGCGGAUCCCGCAGGCCGCGGGCCUGCCCGCGGAGCUCGCGCUGCGGGCCACCGUGCGCCCCGAGCACGGGAGGCCGUGCACCACGUACAUCACGGAGGUGGAGCUCGGCGGCUCGUGGCUGGGGAGCGCGUCGGUGCAGAUGCGCUCGCACGUCAGGUCGCACUCGCGGGGCGAGGCCGACAGGCUCCUGAGCCUGCGCGUGCUGAACCACAGCGUGGGCCCGGGCGAGGUGCCGUGGACGAACAUCACGGACUGGGCGGACGGGGAUUACGUCUUGUCUGGGCUCCCGAAGCAGAGGCACUUCAAGGUGACCUUGUCGAAGACGCUGUGGCACAGCAACAAGGAGAAGGCAGGAGCCCUGAACGUAGCUGGGCAGUUCGUUGUCCAGAUCCAGAUGGUCUCGAAACAAAUCAACGAGGCAGCGAUGAUUGUCGUCCGCCAGGAAUUGCCAGAGCAGGAGCACCUCAACGUGGCAGUGCGGAAGUUGGGAGCGCUCGGACGUGUGGAUAUCGGCGGGCUCCUGGGGUUCGAUCCUCAUCCUGAGUCCUUGGAGGAAGUGACGCCAGAGUGCCAGCGCCACAGGGACCGGCUGGACAACAAGGGGGGCCCCAAGACGAAGAAGGCCUGGAAGACCCGCUGGGAGAAGAUCAAGGCGAAGCGCACGCUGGGCGGGUCGAUGAGCGACACCGACGCGGCCGCCGCCCUCAUCGGAGGGCUCGAGGGGAGAGGUCUGAUGUGCGUGUGCCCCACGCAGGAGCCGAUGGGCCUCGCAGGGGAGGAGUACAGUGAGCGUUCGGCUGGGAGCCGCACCGAGGGCGUGGUCGCCGACUUUCAGAUCGGCAGGCUGGCAGAGGCAACCUGGGACUGACCGCCCGCCGCCUCGCGGGCCAGCGAGCGUUCAGGUAGCGUUAAGUCGGAUCCCCUACAGUCUUACAUACGCCCCGCCCACUCUGGGUCGGCCCCUGGCCAGAGGCACCGUGCUUCUCGCACUCCUCGUCGACGUGACCUUUCGGUCUGCCUUUUCAUUUUUUUUGUCCGCAUCUUUAUGCGGAGCUACGGCGCGUGAUUGCUGCGCGGUGCGUCCGCAUGAGGCACUUCAAUCACGCUUCACGUUUUGUGCACCGCAUCUCGAACUGUUGAAUGUAGGUGGCCCCUGCAUUGACUGGUGUUGCGUGAUCAUCUGAGGGCCCAAAGUAUCGCAUUGCGACGGUUGUGCGCGCAGGGUGAUGUUUGCGCGUGACGGGACCGACGUGUGCGAUGGCUGAAUGCCAGCGCAGAGCACGCAUUCGCCGACGAGAUUGCGCGAACAACAAGAAACGCGCCUGCGGCGUACACUUUGAUCGCUUGCAGCCUGGAGGGCACCAUGUACACUGCAGUGUGAUUUUAGUCCGGACGCUUGGUUUGGACGUAAAGGGACUUGAAUCUCGAUGGGGCUUGGGAUCCCUGGUUUUAGUUGUAACUGCUGGUUGCUCCUCUUGUACGCAAAGAAGCCGCGCGUGCGUCGCGGCCGGGGCAUCCGCCCCAGGAUCAGGCGACACAGCUGCUUUGAGCUGCGGAGCCUCCUUUGUGACCACGCUAACAGACUCGCCGGCCGCGCCCGCAUUAAAAAGAGGCCCGCCAAAAGCGGGGCCGAAGC